AUGACCACAGCUACGCACCACCAGCACCAACCACCACAACCCCAUCUCGGCUUCGUUGUCGAUACAUACGACCCGGAUGACGUGGUUCCUCGAGGAAGCCCUCUCAUGACCCCGCUUCGUCCAAAGCUCGAGCCGUCUCCAAGUCCUCCCCCAGAUAUUCCUGCAGCUCAAGUCAGUCUGAGUCCCACCUCUAUCGACGGUCGCGGCAAGUCUAAUCGCCACAAGGUUCGUCCCACUUCUGGGGAUGCUGUCCUAGUCGCAUAUCUCGACAAUGGACGCGAUCCCGAUAUAGCACGAGAAGCUGCCCGCGAGAGUCUUCCGGGCGACGAAGACUCACCGGAUGAAGAGCCACGGCGAGAACGGGCCGUCGACGGCAAUCUCAUGAGCGGGCCUCGGCUCCAGCACCUGGCCGCUGACGCUCUACAGGCUGCUUCUAUUGCGACAGCGCCGCCGUCCCUCGCCGCCUCGGUCCCAAAAACGAUCCCCGAUAUAUCGAUACCGACUGGGCAGCUUUCUAUUCAUGACGAGCCCCCGAUCAACGGUUUGUCUGCACCGCGAUACAUUUCCGGUAAUAGAGUCACGUCGCCACUGAUAUCUUCCUCUAAUGGACCCUUGCCGCCGCUUCAUCAUGGAGUUCGCGCUCCAGUAGGCGAGUCCAAGGAGACUCUUCCAUCACAGUCUCUCCCGUCUCUUCGUUCGACUUUUGGUGAGCUCCGAGAUUUGCACCCAGAGCGCCCAUCCGAGCAGGAUCUUGGCCGUGUCCCUCCAGGUCUAUCUUCCACUUUCCCUACUUCUCCAGCUGCAAAUUUAGGGCAUAGGUUUAGUUUGAAUACUAAUCUCCCAUCGUCGCCCCGUUCACCACCAGAUGGAUACCGAACACUCUCCCCUCACUCUGCGCCAAGUGCGAGUAUGCAUUAUUAUCCGACAAACGGUUCUCACCCUCGCGCUCCGACCGAAUACAGUAGUAGCAAUGCUGGCGAGACUCCGAAUACCGAUCACUCUGCUUCCACCCCUGCCACAUCAACCUCAAUCAACUCAGCCUCAAUUACUGAUCGAAUGAGUAUUGAUGGGAUCACACAUCCGCAGCCUCUUUCCGGCUCAUAUACGUGCACGGUUACUGGAUGCAACGCGGCGCCUUUCCAGACCCAACACGUCCGUGUUCAUCAUAUAGACAAAGACAAGGACGACCCGCAACUGAGAGAUGUUCUUGCUCAGCGACCAGAUGGACCUAACCGUGGUCGAAGAAGACGCGGCCCACCGGCGUAA